CUGAUAGUCUCAGUGUACGGCCCCGGACCAUUCAGAGGAGUUCUCUUUGGUCAAACAUUUCUACUUGUUUUUGCUGGGGUUGCGGUUUGCUUCUCAUUUAUAUUUCUGAUCGUCUUUCUGUUCGACUUACACGAAACUCAUCUCGAUUUUUGGCCCUGGCAAUUAUCGGACUUUAUGUUUUCAUUGGUUGCAUGUAUCUGCUACAUAAUCCUUGGCUUCAUCGAAGCUUACUAUUCGACAGGAGCGUGGUCGAAUAACUGCAAUGAUAUUGGCUCAGAUGGUAUCAUUCAUAAUAACUGCCGAACAAUCUACGAAUGGGUCUUCGCUUCGGUAAUAGCUUUUCUUUUAACCCUUCUAAAUAUAUUUUUUAGCUGAUU